AUGAUCUGGUGCCGCUUUGAACGCGAAGGCAAAGUCAGCCACGGCCGCAUUGUAGACGACGAAGUCAUCGAGGUUGACGGCAGCCCCAUUAAUAACCCCGCCGACACCGGCGUAACCUACGCCCUGGGCGAGGUGCGCCUGCUGGCCCCCAUCGUCCCGCCCAUGCUCUACGCCGCCGGCCCCAACCACAAUGGCCACGUUGAGGGCAUGGCCGCCCGCCGGGGCGCUGCUCCCAACUACCCCAAAAUUCCCGAACCCAACUUCCGCUCCGUCCAUUCCCUCAUCGGCACCGAGGAGAACAUCGUCAUCCCCGCCGACAGCGCCGGCGCGGUGCAGCCCGAGGGCCAGUUGGCCGUGGUGAUAGGCAAGCACGCCCGCCAGGUAGCCAGCCGUGACGAGGCCCUGGACUGUGUCUUUGGCUACACUAUCGGCAACGACGUCAGCGAGCGGGUCUGGCAGGGAGCCGACCGCACCAUGUUCCGUGGAAAGAGCUGCGAUACCUUCAAGCCCCUGGGCCCCUGGAUCGUAACCGACCUGCCCUACGACAGCUUCCGCAUCAUCGUCCGCCACAACGGCGAGGUCUGGGAGGACUUCACUUCCGCCGACCAGAUCUGGGACGUGCCCACCUGGAUUAUCGAGAUGAGCAAGUACACCACCAUGCACCCGGGCGACGUGCUGAUGAUGGGCACCCAGGGAGCCGACGGCGAUAUGGUUCCCGGAGACACCAUCGAGGUGGAAAUCAGCGGGAUAGGUACCCUCCGCAACUACAUCGUCGCCGAAUGA